AUGGGAAGGUACUCCACCAAAAACCCUCACUGCUUCGAGGAGACGGAGAGGUGCCGAGUCACUCGCAUUGAUCCUUCUGCAAAUCCUCGUCCGAGCACAUGUGAUCGUGUGAAAGUAGUUCCAGACGGACUAUCAACGGUCUGCACAUUCAAGGAGUUCUUUUCGGAUCUGACUCAACAAUGCGGCGAUCGCUUCAAAAAGCUUCUUGCUAGAGAUGAUGAAGCGCUCUCUACUCCGUGUGAGAACUGUUCGAAAGCAUUACAAAAGGAUCUGAAGCAAAACACAACCAGUGUUAAAAUGGCUCAAGGCGAUGUGACGAAUGUUGAUGAAGCCAUGUGUUCGUCGAACGACAGUAGCGACGAUAACGAUAUGCCUUCAAGUUGUGGGAAAUCAAGAGUCUCCGUUUCCCGUAGCCUUUUGCGGAAGCGAACACGAAAAUAUCCAACUAGACGACGAAGAUGUACCCCUUCAUUACCGGUAGGAUGUUCUCGCCUUGCUAAAGACAUUCUAGGUGACGGCUUUGUUGGAGAGGUCUUACUAUCAAAUACAUUAGUGGAUGUUCAAUGGAUGAAUGGCACUGUAGAGCGGCAGAUUCCUGGUUACAUGUUGAUUCCUCACGAUCCUGAUCUCGAUCAACAAGAUCACUUACCUGGUGUUAUCGUAGCCCGAAAAGAUGUACAAAAUGCAGGUACGCUUACUUUCUUUUCUUCGUCUUUCUUAAGAGAAUAAAG